AUUGGGAGUACGUGGUUUAUUGAAGUUGUUCCUUUCUAAUAAAUUAAUAAACUAAUUCCUUCAAAUACAAUUAGGUACUCAAGUGAGAGUCGAAAGUUGCAACAAUGGACGACUUCCACAACGGGCUGGUGGAGAAAAUAAUAAAAGAACUAGACAGUGCUCUUGCUAAAUCACCGCUAACCGAGUUUGAUAUCGUGCCCGUGGAGUCGACAAAGAACAAGACUCCGGUGUUAUAUGUGAACUCCUCUGUGGCUUUGGAAUCAUGGUGUGUGAAGCAUGUGUACAACUACUGCUACGGGGAUCUAAUUGAGGAUUUCCUGACGCACCCAAAGCGGCGCCUCAGUAGGGUAUCAGGCCUGACCUACAAGAGAAUCAUGCUACUUUUAAACCCUACACUUCUGAUCAAUCCUGAUGUUACUACAUUGUGGAAUAAGAGAAGGGAGUUGAUGUCUAAAAGGUACCUCGACUGGGUUGCGGAGAUGACGUUUACAAGACUAGUGCUUUCACGGAAACACAAAUGUAAUGAUGCUUUCUCGUACAGGAGGUUUGUGAUAGAGCAUGUGAUGAGAGAGACUCCUGAGCGCCCACCUCACUUUGUGAUUACCAUAUUGGAAGAUGAGUUUGAUGUUUGUACCAUGACUGCAGACAAGUGUGCAAAUAACUACCACAGUUGGGAUCAUCGUCGGUGGACAUCGGAGUUUGCCUGGAAGUACAGGGCUGAGGUUGACAGCACUCUUAUUUUCUACAAUGAAUACAAGUUCAUUGUGGGUUGGACAGCCCGCCACGUUUCAGAUUACAGCUGCUUUCAUUACCGCCAACAUUGUUUGAAAAAGCUUAACCUAUUAGAUGAAAGAUGGCCGGUAUUUGAGAAAAUGCUUGAGGCAGACUUACGUGAGAAUGUUCAGAAGUUCAUAGAAGCUAGUGAUCCAGCUCAGAAGACUAGCAAAAGUUUUAAGAAGACUAUUGAGGACGAAGAUAUAAUCGCUAAUCUGUUUGACUAUGCUCCCAACGAGUGCAGUUGCUACACUAAAUCCUAUGAAACUUGUCGAAAAUUAGAAAUUUACAUUUAUGAACUGACACAAAACACUGACUUUUUGAAGUAUUACAAAUAUCAUGAGGCUCUUUGGUAUCAUCGACGAUUUGUAGUGAGCGAGAUUUUGACUACCAUGUAUGACUUCUUUGAAAUAGAGCGGGUCAAUGGAAAACUGGCAAGAAAGAAACUAGCACCAGAACAGCUGGAAGCAUUGCAGAAUUGCAAAAAAUGUGGUAAUAGAUAUUCCGAUGUUGCAAACAAAGAACUAGACUGGGUGUACCACUGCCCCCUAUUUAAAUUUUUGAUUCAGCAUGAGAAGGCAGUGGUGGCUGACAGGCGAAAGGAUAUGGACAGGCAUGCUGGCAGACACGACAAUUAUCUCAAGUGUGUACAUGGCCUAGCCGCACAAUAUUAAAUUGGUAUCAUUAUUGUAUGCUCCGACUGAUUCUGAUGAGUGUGAUGCCAAUUAGUUUAUUCUAUAGGUCUCUGGAGCUUUGAAUACUGUUUGUGGUGUCAAAAGGGCUAUUGGUUAUCAAGUAAUUGCGACCAUAAGAUAAAAAUCAACACAUUAAUCAUACUUCAUCGAGCUCUGUAUGAACUUUUAGGGUAAAAAUAAUUUUGCGGUUUAUACUUUAUUGUGAUAACUAUCCAUAAAACAUUCUAGUCAGGUAUCACACUUGUAAGUAUAGUUAUUUUUGUUUUGUUAUUGCACCUCAGUUUUAAGUAGUUUUCUAUAUUAUACUAUACAUUUAUAACAAUUCAUGUUUUAGUAUUUUCCCCAAGUAGAAAUAGACACAAAUAUUAAUAAAUCAUUAAUUAUGUUUAGAAAUUAUUGCAUUUUUCAGGUAUUUAUUCAAUGUGAGUGUAGACGAAAAGUAGGAAGUUUUAAAUGUAUUUGAUUAUAUUUAUCAAUGUAGCUAUUGUGUAGAGGAUAGAAAUAGUAGUAUAACAUAUUGUGUUAGUAUAUUUAGAUCUCUAUUUAGCAAAUAGAUAUAAAAUAUACUGUUUAGAACAGCCGACAGACAUGUGGACACUGCAAUUAAAAAAUAUAGGCUGUAGGUACUAAUAAAUUGUUAUAGUAGUUUUAUAAAAUUUUUGAUACAAUAAAUGUUUAACUGAUUAAUAUCUUUGAAAAUUUUAGAGCUUUGCACAUUAUGUUUAUAGUCAAAAUCUAAAACAUUUUUAAUUUUGACUACAUUAGUUAUGCUUUUUGAUGGAGUGUGUGAACUAAAGUAAUUAGGUGGAAAUCGUAUGAUGAAAUAAGUCUGGUAUUAUCGCUAUAUAUAAACUGCUGAGUCGAUUAUAAUGGAUUAUGAAGAGGUAAAAGGUAAUAUAGAUAGGAAAUAAAAAAAAAAUGGGAAAUAUCGGAUUUGACGUGGCAUGUAGAGAGGUGUGGAAUUGAUGCAUAUUUUUUAUUUGCAGUGUGCAUAAAAGUAUUUAUAUUUAGAAAUUAUGUUCGUAUAUCACUGUAGUCUUAAUACUAUUAUAGUUAGUAGCUAUGAAUAAUCAAAAUAAAGGGUAAUAUUUUAUGAAACAUUGACUGAUGAUCAGUAAUAUAAUACUUAGAUGUAUUAUCUUUGAUGUAUUCUCGACAUAGUUAAUAUAAUAUGUAUGUAUCUUUGUAUCAAAAUAAAUUCACAAAAAUAUAUUCAUUGUAAUUAUGUAAAUUCAGACUGGGAUAUGCAAAAUAUUACAUCCGUGAAACUGAUAUUUCAUUUUAAGUCUUCUGACAUAAGUUUGGUUUUACCUAUGAUCGCACGGUUGGUGCGGGGGCUGGGCAACCGGCUGCCAUGCAACGUGUCUCGGGUUCGAUUCCCGCACGGAAC